AUGGCGAGCGGCUGGUGGCGGGGCUCGGCCCGGGCGGUGCGGGCGGUGCGGGCCCCGGGGCUCGGGCUCGGGCUCAGGGCGGCGCGGAUCCCGACCACAGGCAGCAGCGGCCCCCGGAGCCGCCUCCACCCGCGCCCCUCAGCGGGAGAAGGUAGCGGUCUCUCGCGGCUGCACACUGAUCAGGCGGCGGGGGCCGAGGGCUUGGACGCAGACGGCCAUUACGGUCUGUACCCUUCGCACAUCCCCACCAACUUCGUGCAGAAAAUGCUGCUGGCGGCCGGUUCUUCCAUCAUGGCUAUCUCCAACCCUUACCGACACGACAUGGUAGCUGUUCUGGGUGAAACCACAGGCGAGUUAGCAAUCCGAUCCAUGAGGGACAGGAUGAGAAACGACCCUGAGGGAAACCAGGUCCUGGAAGAACGGCCUCGAAUCCGGAUGUCCACCUUGGACAUGAACCAUCUGAGAGAUUUACCAGAAGGCACGUUCGGUCGAGAAUACAUCCGCUUCCUUGAUGUCAAUAGAGUCAGCCCUGACACACGGAUGCCGGUGAAGUUCGUGGAUGAUGAAGAACUCGCGUACGUGAUGCAACGAUACCGGGAGGUACACGACCUCAUGCACACUUUAUUGGCUAUGCCCACUAACAUGAUGGGUGAGGUGGUUGUGAAGUGGUUUGAGGCCGUGCAGACUGGCAUGCCCAUGUGUAUUCUUGGAGCUGCCUUUGGGCCACUCCGACUAUCUGCCAGGAACCUGCAGGUUUCAAUAACGGACCUGAUCCCAUGGGCGGUGCGAAGCGGGAGCAACGCCCAGUUUAUGAUGAACUUUUACUACGAGAGAAGGUGGGAACAGAGUCUGGAAUCGCUGAGGGAGGAGAUCGGCAUUCUGCUGCCUCCGGAGAUUGAGCUGCAGGAGUGAGGAGAGGCAAAGCCAUCCUCCGAUACAGGAACCCAUUAAGGUAACCUCAGUGAAUUAAUUCAUAAACGACAGGCAUCAAAGACAAUGUGCUGCUCUCUCUCUCUCGCGGGCAUAACCUUUUGAGCUGGAGCUCGCAAACGUGUAAAUUAAUAUCGGAAUAAAGAAUUAUUGUUGCUCAAGUCA